AUGCCUCACUGGCCAUGCCAAUGGGAGAAUUGUAGGAACCCAGCCGCGCAGAUAGCAGGAGAUUGCUUGCUAUGUGAUAGACACCUCUGUCGCACGCACCGCCGAGAGCCGUGGCACGAGUGCCCCGGAUCAGAGAACUGGGAAUCCUACUCUGUUCAAUAUGCAGCUACAGAAGCCCGUCAUAUAGGCGAGCUACGCCUCCGAAUAGAUGGUUCCAAGUUAUGCUCCCGUGCAUCAAUGCUCAGGAAAGGCAUCCCGUGUACUGUUGACUUGUCUCUCAAGAGCUUGUCUGCCAUGAUGGGAAAUCAGAACUGCCACGCUGAGAUCACCUUCGACGAUAAUGUCAAGUGGCUUGCACGGUUUCGCCUGGCAAGAACCUCAUCACCGCCGCGGGAAGUCCGUGAUUGGAUACUUCGAAGUGAAGCUGCUACCAUGACCUACAUGCAGCGGUACACUUGCGUUCCCACGCCCAAAAUCUUCGAUUGGGCAUGCGAGUCUGAUCCAGAAAACACACUUGGAGUUGACUAUAUUCUGAUGGAACAGCUGGAUGGAAAGCCUCUGAAUUGGCAGAUGGCGACACCUCAGCAAAAAGAGAAGAUCAUGCAGCAGUUAGUUGACGUAUCCAUCGAGCUUGAGAGGCAUCCUUUCGAAGCAAUGGGGUCACUUGUCUCAACGGGAGAUGUGAUGAAAAUUCAGGGUCUCGCAUAUCAAUCGACAUUCCAGCUGGGAAAGGGGCCACUCGGCCCAUUCUCUUCCUCGCUCGAGGGCUCGAGGGCUAUCCUUGAGUUAUACCUCACCAUGAUAGCCAGCGGCGAAAUCGACCCCUGUCACCCGGUGGAUACCUACCUCGUCCAUCGAUUCCGACAAGAUAUUGCCGACGCUCUGUUUGAUGAUGUCCCACCAAGUGAACAAUUCUUUCUCAAGCACCCGGAUGAUAAGGGUGACCAUAUUCUGGUGAAUGACUGUUUCGAGAUUGUGGGUCUCAUAGACUGGGAAUGGACGCAAACUGUCUCCAGGGCAGAGGCAUUUUGUUCUCCAUGUAUGAUGUGGCCGGUGGCUAAGUUCCAUGACGGCUUCAAUGAGCUGUCUGCUGAUGAAAACCGACUGGCUGCCAUCUUUCGCGAAAGGGGCCGUGAAGAUCUUGCCGCCUGUGUCGUCGAGGGCAGAAAGGUCCAGAGAUUCUUCUUCGCUCUUGGGCCUGAGAGCUCAUUUCUAGACAUGCAAACACUUGCAAGUCUCUUCGCAGGGCUCCGGCGAGCGUUCAACUUGGAAGACGAGGAGUGGGAGGCAUGGAAGAGCAAGGCUCUAGAGAAAUGGAAAGGUGAUGGCUUACUUCUUGGUUUAUUAGAGCUUGAAUGA